AUGGCACAGAGGCUAUCACUGUCCCAACCUAUGCUUUUGUGCGACAGUCUGGAAUCAUGGACCGGUUUGUGCUCAAGUGUAUGGACAUCUAUAUUAGGGCAAAGGAAUGGGCAUCAGAGAAGCUUUCGCUGCAUCGACUGCUAAUCCCGGCCAUUGUGCGGACCUACGAGAACGCGUCCUUGACCCCAAUCAACAAAAGCGUCUAUGUGAAAAGACCAAGAAUUUGGUUGGGCAGAUCACCAUGACCUACGACCCUGUACCGCUCCCAUCCACGAUUCCAUACCCGCACGGAUACCUCCACGACCUUUCUCUGGUGACGGGCGACAGGCUGCCGAACCUUUCGAGCCCCCUAAAUGCACCAGCAAUUGCGGGCUGGGGUGGGGUCCAGGAAGUGCUCAACGGUGAGCCCUGCUUCGCCGCAGGCCAGCUGGUUGUAUCUGGCAAGGCGAAUAUUAUGGCCGGAGCUGGCCUGACAGACUCGGGUAAGGUUGCCGUCGUUGAAUGCCUGCAGUAUAUUUGGAGGGAGAGGGCGGUAUCGACCGCCGUUCUCUGGCGGAUGGAGACAGACUGGGACUCUACUGAAGGCGUCUCGGGAUCAGUUCUAUUUCAAGGGACACCACAGGACGAAAAUGUUACGGCAGUCUGCUUCCAAACUUUUGGGCUCACCGUCACAGCAGCCCAACUGCUUCGAGAUCAGAGGGGUGGCCCUCGAGACGAUAUGCCUUGGUAUUUUCUCAAUGCUGGGUUCAUGUUGCUAGAUGAGAUACUUCAGUCCAGCAUCCUGUUAGAUAUUAAUCCGGGUCGCCGGAGUGUGAGCCACCCCGAGCAAAAGUCGGAAGAUAUCGUCUAUUGUGGGAUACGGUCGUUUUCCGGGGCCUGAUAGCAAGGGGUUCAGCUCUUCGGAGUCUUUGCUCUUCU